AUCCCCUUUUCCUGAACUAAUACAGUCCUUCCGCAUUUUGCUAAGCGAAAAAGUGGAUUUACCAUGGGAUAGAAUGUUAGUUUGGACUAAAUACAAACGUUCCCUAUUAGAUGAUAUAUUAGGGAGUCAAAGUUUGAAGGUUUCCUGCCCAGCGCUGAGCUGAACGAUGUUUAUAUGAGACAGUAGCAGCCUGUUUGGAAGUAAAUGUAUCUCCCUCAUGUAAUUGUCUGCAUCUAUGUCCUCACGGCACAGGUGCUUGGUGAUUAUGGGAAAUCAGAUUAUCGGUAUAUUGAGAAUGGGGUAACAAAGUGGUGCGUGUAUGGCACAGUACGGGACAUAGAAAUUAGUGGCUCAGAGAGUCAUUGCUAGGAAAGGAUUUGCCCGUUGAAACACAUUUGAUAAAUGGGAAAAAAGUACGAUUUUGGGCAAGGCUGUCGUUAGUGGAGGGAGGCCGAAACAGAUACAUUAAAAACUGCACUGCUCCACCAAGUAUCGUGGGGGCGGAGAUAGACUGCAGGGAUAGCAACGAUAACGUGUUUGUCCGAGUCUAUGACACAUGCCGAGUGAACUGCACCUCCCCGGGUCAUGUGGCCAGCCAGAAGACGUCAACGUGUCAGAGGAAUGGGCAGUGGGAAGAGGUCACGUGCAUACCACACAGUUGCCCGCCACUGAAGCAGUCCAUGAAAUCAGAUGAGAAUACGUCAUGUGACAUCAAUGCCUGGCUGCCAUUGAACACAACAUGUCUCGCAACAUGUCCACGCGGCUAUGAACCCGAGACCAGAGAGCUUAAGUGUGACCAGGGCCGGUGGGCCUUCAUGCAGCUAUGUGCUUAUGUGGAUCCCGCAACCAUAGUAAGAGAACCCGAACCUGCAACCGAUUGGAAGACACCGACAAUCGUCAUUGCUGUGUUGUUCCCGGUAUCCAUUAUCGUGUUUGGACUAGUUCUACAUCUAUGUAGAAAGAAAAAAACAUUGUCAGGAUCCUGUCAUGUGGAGUUGAGGUACAGCUGUAAUGAUGACCACUGGAUGCCUCUGUUGCCUUACGCUACCCUUCAUGUUGCGGAGGGAACCGUGCUGAUCAUACAGGCUUAUUGCUCGGAGGGCGAUAACAUCUGCAUGCUGAAAUGUGGACCUCCUUUUGGGCAAUAUGAGGAGCUUGGGGACAGGAUGAAGGUGACCAUCAAACAGGGCGAUGCUGGAAGCUUCUUGUUGUGGACCAAGUGCUCCCACCUGGACAACCUGGUCGUUGUUUUGGUCAACGUACAACUGACUGAUGUUACAGGCAAUGUGGAACACACAAAUGUGAAACAACGAGUUGGAGAUCAAGACGAUUUGGGGUCCCUGGCCCACACAGUGGAAGAAGCACCUGUUGAUGCUACUAGUAGACCAUCGGAGCCCUUAAAAGCAGAGAUGACCUCACUCCCGAGCGAUCCAUGUCUGCUGACGCCCAGUCUGAAUGAUGCUGAAGAUGAGGCUGUGAGGGGCGGAAUCAGAGCUGUGGAUGGAGCCAGACCUAAAACUCCUCUUCGUCCUGCUAGGUCAACAACCUCCCUUGCAAGUCAGAAGUCAUUUUGUCCUCAAAAUGAUGAGGAAUCUAAGAGUUGUACGCUUCUGAUAGGAGAGCUGAGGGGGAUGAGGGAGUUCAAGAAGACGUGGGAAGAUCUUGUACUGCUCCUACAACCCCUAGACAAUAAGAAUAUCAAUUUGACUAUUGGUGGAGCUGCCAUGGAAAUACUAAAUUUCUCAAUUGAGAAGGUUGAUUAUCUUACCUGGGCGAAGAGAACAGACCUACGCGAGAGCCCCGCCCGGGUCAUCUUGACAUAUAUGAUUCAGGAGGGUAAGAGAGCGUGUCACCUGGUGCGGUACUUCGCUGAUGACAACCACCACAGACGAGACAUCAUACGGCUCCUACAGACAGCUCAUCCAAACUGCCCUGUUUGUCGGUGGUAUAAAUAACGGUGUACAUCAGCUGUGUGGCUGUAUAAUCAAUUCUUUGGUUCUUCCAGCUUGGUUUAGAUCAAUUAUCUUUGCUGUUAC